CGAUCUCACGACUGUCUCGACCGGUUCUCGAUGGGCUCGAUCAAGGAAGUGAAGGUGGAGAACGGGGCCACCGCGGAGGCCUCGAAUGGCGCCGCCGCUCCUCCAUCUUCCGGCCAGGCUGAAAACCCUGCAAACAGGGGCAGGUCGAGGUCGACGGUGGCGCUGCCGCUGGAAGUGUGAGCCCACGACUAUGAGUACCAGUGAAUCAAAGAUAUAUGGUGAAUCAAAGAUGGUUUGGUUUGUGCCAGUGGGUGGAUUGCUGACUCUUGAGGGCAUGAGACACAUAUGUAAAUGUGACCAUAAGCAUCCUCCAGGUGAUGAGAUAUACAGAAGUGGAUCCCUUUCUAUGUUUGAGGUUGAUGGCAAGAAGAACAAGGUUUAUGGGCAGAAUCUUUGUUAUUUGGCUAAAUUGUUUCUUGACCACAAGACCCUUUAUUAUGAUGUUGAUUUAUUUCUUUUCUAUGUUCUUUGUGAUUGUGAUGAUCGAGGUUGCCACAUGGUUGGUUAUUUCUCAAAGGAAAAACAUUCAGAGGAAUCAUACAAUUUGGCAUGCAUUCUAACUCUUCCUCCUUACCAGAGGAAAGGAUAUGGAAGUUUCUAAUUGCUUUCUCUUUCAAAGGAGGAGGGUAAAGUUGGAACCCCAGAGCGACCACUAUCUGAUCUUGGACUGUUGAGCUAUAGAGGGUAUUGGACUAGGGUUCUUCUAGACAUCUUUAAAAAGCACAAGGGCAACAUCUCCAUCAAGGAACUCAGCGACAUGACAGCGAUUAAACCUGAUGACAUUUUGAGCACUCUACAGAAUCUUGACUUGAUACAGUAUAGGAAGGGACAACAUGUCAUAUAUGCUGUCCUCAAGGUCCUGGAUUGCCACCUUAAGGCUGCUGGACGUGGAGGUUUGGAAGUUGAUGUUAGUAAACUGAUUUGGGCUCCUUAUAAAGAACAAGGUUGAUCAUCAUGUAUGAAAACUCAGGACUAAAGAUUCGCGAUCAGGUAUGUAUCUCAGGACUAUGUGAUACUUUUCCGAAAGAAUUCAAGUGUUGGACUCCACUUUAUUAUUUUCUGUAUUCACAGUAUUUUUCUCAAAUUGCAAGUUGUCUCGACCAUUUUGUAUGAGAUGUUAUGAAUCUUGAUUUAACAUAGCUUAUUAGGACUUGAUACAGUAUAGGAAGGGACAACGUGUCAUAUGUGCUAGACCUCAAGGUCCUGGAUCGCCACCUUAAGGCUGCCGGACGCGGAGGUUUGGAAGUUGAUGUUAGUAAACUGAUUUGGACUCCUUAUAAAGAACAAGGUUGAUCAUCAUGUAUGAAAACUCAGGACUAAAGAUUCACGAUCAGCGGAUCAGGUAUGUAUCUCAGGACUAUGUGAUACUUUUCCGAAAGAAUUCCAGUGUUGGACUCCACUUUAUUAUUUUCUGUAUUCACAGUAUUUUUAUCGAAUUGCAAGUUGUCUCGACCAUUUUGUAUGAGAUGUUAUGAAUCUUGAUUUAGCAUAGCUAUAUUAGGUCUCAUCGUUCAUAGCUAAAUCUAGAUGAAUCUUUAUUUAUACCUUUUUUUCUCGGCACCAUUAAUCCUAAUUGUCUUGUGAAUUGUCACAGCAUAGAGAGAAAUCUAGAACCUGCACACUGGGGGUAGAGGAUUAAAAGAAUCAUGAUACUUGAAUAUCAAUCAAUCUUUAUUUUAGCUUGUGUAAAAGUGCUGCAUUGUAUAGUAGAAAUGCAGUCAUUUAUAAUUCUUAUA